AUGACUCCGUCGAAGGAUGAAGAUACGGAAUUCAAGAAAUUGAAGGAGAAAUGGUUGCAGGAGAAGUAUAAGGGGAAUAGGGGCCCAGGGGAGACACAACUAAUGCAGAGUAUAGUACGCUGGACCAAUGAAACCUUGAAGGAAAUGAUUAAGGAAGAAACUGAUGAAAUUGGUAAGAAUGGAUGCAAAAUUAUGCAGGAACAAGGGAAGAAGAUGUCACCGGAGGAGUUGGAAGUAUGUGCCUUCAUUGUAAAUAAUUUAUGGAACAUGAAAACAAAAAGUGCAAGUCUAUGCAGAAAAGAUGACAUUAAAGCAGUAAUGGAAGAAUACGUCCGAUGUUCAGUAAUGAAUGCGUGGAUUCAUAAAUACUGGAAUACACAUUGUGAGGUGGCAAAAAAUGUUAUACACAAUGCACUCGGUGUAAUGGGGAAUAUAAGUGCAAGUCUUAGUUCAAGUGAUGGGUGUGAAGAAUGCGAUUAUAAAAAAUUGGAGCUUAUGAAAAUAAAGGAAAUACCAAUGUUAGCAAUUAUUCUUCAUAUGAUACAGAACAAUACGAAAGUUAUGAAAUUAAUAAAUAGUGGAAAAUCGGAGAAACCAUGUAAAGAACAAGGGGUUAACGGGUUGGUAGGGGAUCUCUUGAAUAAUAAUGGUACAAUGAGUACAGGAACUGUAGAAUCAACAGGAAAGGAAAAAACAAGAGAAGGCAGAUCAGAGAAUGAUGAUAAUGCUGCAGCUAGUGCAGGAAGUGGACCAAAAAAUGAAACUAGCCAAUCUGCUGGAAGUGAUGAAGUAGACCUUAUAUAUACUUACGGUCCAGGAGGACUAACAGUAACUCGUGUUCCAAGUCGUGGGCGAAGUACAAAUGAAGCUGUACUUCUGGUAUUCGGUACAGAUGGACCUUUUCCGGGCAUUGAGGACGAGCCGAAAAAACAAGACCAGGAAACAGUGGCUUUGGACCCACCAGAAGAACCUUCCUACGAUUACUGUGCCAAUAGUGGCAAACCAUGGAAUAUACGUUGGUCUAGUUCAGUAAGCUACUGGGUGGAGAAGAAAAACAAGUAUAAUCUGGAGGAAGGAAAUAAGCUUCCUGAAGAGAAGGAAGAAAGGUUGGAUUCUGGGAAGACAUAG